AUGAAAAUACACACCGGUGAAAAACCCUUUUCGUGUAAUAUCUGUGAAUAUAGAUGUAUCACAAAGAGUUAUUUGCAAAGACAUGUGAAAAUACAUACUGGAGAAAAACCUUUUUCGUGUAAUAUCUGUGAUUUUAGAUUUAGUGAAAAAAGUAGUUUGCAAACACAUAUGAAAAUACACACCGGAGAAAAACCUUUUUCGUGUAAUAUCUGUGAUCUUAGAUUUAGUAUAAAAAGUAAUUUGAAAACACAUAUGAAAAUACACACCAGAGAAAAACCUUUUUCGUGUAAUAUCUGUGAUUUUAGAUUUAGUAUAAAAAGUAGUUUGCAAAGACAUAUGAAAUUACACACUGAUGAAAAACCUUUUUCGUGUAAUAUCUGUGAAUAUAGAUGUAGUAUAAAAAGUUAUUUGCAAAAACAUAUGAAAGUACACGCCAGAGAAAAACCUUUUUCGUGUAAUAUCUGUGAAUAUAGAUCUAUUACAAAAAUUAGUUUGCAAACACAUAUGAGUGUACACACAGGAGAAAAACCUUUUUCGUGUAAUAUCUGUGAUUUUAGUUUUAGUAUAAAAAGUAGUUUGCAAAAACAUAUGAAAAUACACACUGAUGAAAAACCUUUUUCGUGUAAUAUCUGUGAAUAUAGAUGUAGUAUAAAAAGUUAUUUGCAAAAACAUAUGAAAGUACACACCAGAGAAAAACCUUUUUCGUGUAAUAUCUGUCAAUAUAGCUGUAUUAGGAGAAGUGAUUUGCAAAGGCAUAAUCACAGAGUACAUUGUAUAUACAUGAAAGGCAUAAUAUGA